AUGGCGGCGGCGGCGGCGGCGGCGGCGGGUCCUGCGGCUGCCGCGAGGUUGUUCCGGAGCUUCUCAGAUGCCCUCAUCGAGCAGGACCCCCAGGCGGCGUUAGAGGAGCUGACUAAGGCUUUGGAGCAGAAACCAGAUGAUGCACAGUAUUACUGUCAAAGAGCUUAUUGUCACAUUCUUCUUGGAAAUUACAGUGAUGCUGUUGCUGACACAAAAAAAUCCCUUGAACUUAAUCCAAAUAGUUCCACUGCUCUGCUGAGAAAGGGGAUAUGUGAAUACCAUGAAAAAAACUAUGCUGCUGCUCUAGAAACUUUUACAGAAGGACAGAAAUUAAAUAGUGCAGAUGCUGAUUUCAUUGCUUGGAUUAAAAGGUGUCAAGAAGCUCAGAAUGGUAAGUAUGCAGAUUUCCCAUGGUCUUUGAAUUUAAAAAGAAGUCAGUAUGACUGGUAUCAAACAGAAUCUCAAGUAAUCAUUACACUUAUGAUCAAGAAUGUUCAGAAGAAUGAUGUAAAUGUGGAAUUUUCAGAAAAAGAGUUGUCUGCUUUGGUGAAACUUCCUUCUGGAGAGGAUUACAGUUUGAAACUGAGACUUCUUCAUCCUAUAAUACCAGAGCAAAGCACGUUUAAAGUACUUUCAACAAAGAUUGAAAUUAAAAUGAAAAAGCCAGAGGCUGUCAGAUGGGAAAAGCUAGAGGGGCAAGGAGAUGUGCCUAACCCCAAACCAUUCGUAGCAGAUGUAAAAAACCUAUAUCCAUCAUCAUCUCAUUAUACAAGAAAUUGGGAUAAAUUGGUCGGUGAGAUCAAAGAAGAAGAAAAAAAUGAGAAGUUGGAGGGAGAUGCAGCUUUAAACAAAUUAUUUCAGCAGAUCUAUUCAGAUGGCUCUGAUGAAGUGAAACGUGCCAUGAACAAAUCAUUUAUGGAGUCUGGUGGUACAGUUUUGAGUACCAACUGGUCUGAUGUAGGUAAAAGGAAAGUUGAAAUCAAUCCUCCUGAUGAUAUGGAAUGGAAAAAGUACUAA